AUGCUGCUCGGCGAAGACGACUUCAUUCGGUGCUGCCAAGUCUUCCUCGUACAUGGAAGUGCUGGCUCCGUGGAGCAGAAAGCUGCGCACAACCAGCUACUGCUCUUCCAGCAGCUCCCAACAGCGUGGCAAGUUGCGUUGCAAGUCUUGUGUCGACCGACAGCCGUUGGUAUUGGCGCGAACCCAACUCCAGAAGCAGCCAUGUUCAUUUCAGCACAACUUGUCCGCCACGCGGUGCCCCUAUUAACAGAACCAGACCAAAUUCAAGUCCGUGACCGUCUCUUGUGCUUUCUCCAACACACCACGGCCUCCGGCGUUCGACGUUCCAGCAAUGUCACUCCUGUAGACCGCCUGGUGUGCCUCGGACUCGCAAGUGCUGUUGUACACAUUAAGUCAGGCUGGUCCUCGUGGAAAGAGCAACUGCAGGUGGCAUUGGUGGGCAAUACUGGCGAUUCGAAUGUCGGACUGCAGCUUCUGCUAGAAGUCUUGGCUGGCAUCCCCGGUGAGGUGUACGGGACCUGCAGUGCCGCGGCCCUGCACGGCUUGGACGUGAUGCCGCAUUUACAAGCGAUGGUCGAUCAGUUUCAGUCGCAAAAGCAGCACGUGAUGCAACUCGUACUCGAAACGCUGCGUUCAGCACCCGACGCUGCCAUCUUCGCGCUGACCGUUCUUCAAAAUUGGGGCCGCGAUACCAUGCCGUUUUUGUGCGUGGAGUUUGGCCUGCAUUGCUUGGACCUCCAUGACGGGGGGCUCAUAGGCCCAUUGAUGGACUAUGUUGUGUCGGUGGAGAAACCAGACUUAUCCCAGUUGGCGACUGAGAUCAUUUGCGAUGCCUUUGCCCAUGCCACGUCCCGUUCCUCGUCAACCGCAUCGGUUGAAGGGGCGCGAUCCGAAGCGGUGCUCGUCGUGCGACUGGCCAAACAAAUCUUGUCCACACGUUCCAACUUGACAUCGUUAUUGGCAUCGUGGUCGACCAUCGACGACCCAGACGAUUCACAAGUCGUCGUGGCUCGAAAUUUGUCCAAAAUUGCCACGACAGUCGCAUGCGGUGACUCGCACUGCUUGUUUGCCGACGGAUGGUGCCGCGAAGUCCGCCGAGCCGAGGGGUGCAGCGAUGCGUUUGGCUUGGAAUUUUUGCAAUACCUCGUUUCAUGCACUUCGUUUCCAGUGCCGUCGGUUGUCGAACCGACCUUGGAAUUCUGGUACACCGUUCUGGACAUGCACCGGCGGUGGAAGGACGUGGUUGGCGGGUUUACGAGUGAAGCCUGGGCUGACUUUGUCAAUGCAGCGCUCCCGACGAUCCAAGAAGUCGUCGGGCUCCUCCUGCGUCGGUGCCAGUUUCCAGCGCAUUAUAUACAAACCAACAAGCUCCAAUCCGACCAUCCCGACGUUGACGACGUUCGGGACUUGCGCAGGGACAUCGGCGAUGCUCUCCUGAGUCUCUUUUCCAACUGGCCGUCCGACAAUUUAACUCGACCAGGAUCGUUCGUGUGCCUUACCCACGUGGUACAAAUGCUCCAGGCUGCAUCCAACAUCCAGGAGCUGGACGCGCUCCUGUUUGUCCUCGACUACAUGGUGGAACUCUUCGACUUGGACGAUCUCGAACCAUCGGAUCCCAUGUACACGGCGGUUCUCGAGGUGUGGCAGAGCGCCGUCCAUGAAUUCGGUCGGAUUCCAGACCACGUCCUCUUGUUGCACGGCACGGCGAGACUCAUUAGCUCGCUGGUGCUUCCAAUACAGUUCGCCGCCACGUCGUACGUCACGAUGGCCACCGUGCUUGCCAAGGGUCUGCACUACCCCGCCGUCUGUCCGAGUAGUGCCAAAGCCCUCCUGAGAUUGAGCACUACUCUCGUGAAGCGCAAAGUCGGCUUGGCCGUCCGAGGCGACUGCAUUCAGCUCCUCUUGGCCACAAUCAACCAGGACUCAGUGCAUCACAUCCUCCAGUCCCAGGAAACGGCAUACGGCGACUUUCUCGAAGCGCUGCUGCGCUUCGGACACAACUUUCCAGACUCGGAUUACGUGCUUUUGGUAAACCAUGCGUUUCCUCGACUCGUUUCAUCGCUCCAAGCGAUGGGUGGUCCGUCCACUGCUCCCCACGACGUUGCGUGCGUCAUGUACUUGCUGGCACGUGGCCUCCGGGGGAUUCAGAACCUGUCCAUCCGUGAUGCCUUCCUGUCCCAAGAGUGGCCGUUGAUUGCAGCGAUCGCGGCCUACCACGGCAGCCACCCCAAAGUUCGCGACAACGCUGUCGAGAUGUUUGUGUCUGUGAUUCCGUCGACUGCGAACGUUGAAACUUUAGUUGCGAUUGCUCACUUGAGUCUCGGAUGGCACGACCAGUACGCGGCACCCCACGCGCUGUCGUGCUUGAGCUUGUUGGCGUCGUCUCAGCCGACGUUGCACCCUCAAGUCCUUGACUACCUCAUCGUGGCAUUCAAGUCGUUUUGUGGCAAAUUCAACUACAUCCCGAACGCGGCCUCGACGCGCGCAGCCCUGCUCGAUCGCUUCCAGCACCCGACGGAAGACUUAGCUCUCGAAGCCACGCAGUUCUUUUUGCUCUUGCGCCAAGUCUUGCGAAGUGCGCCGACGUUGCUGUGCCGAGGCGGCGACUCAACUCUCCUCCUCGAUAUCCUUCACUUUUGCUGCGACGUCGUGGCGGUGGACCACAAACUCCCCGACGUGACGGACGCCGUUUGCGGAUUUUUCAGCGAUCUCCUUGCCAUGGACCACGAUGGCCCUGUCGAGGCCUUGCUGCACCGCAUUGCGUACGCGUGGGUGGAAUCCCUCUUGGUGUUUGUGGCCAUUAGCACGAUUUCAACCAAGACUCGGUGUGUCUCGAACGUUUUUCACCAAGCCCUUCACGCCGGGCAAGCUGACAGCUCCUUGCGAGAUGCUUUCGGUGCCGCGCUGCAGCAAGUCCUCGUUCAAAGGCAAUUGUUCCAGCAGCAAAUGACGGCAGCCGACGCCCACUUGCUGACCCAGUCAAUGCUCGGCGUCAAAGAUCGCCGCAAGUUUCAAGUGCUUCUCAACACUACGUCCAUGUACUUGCAAGGGUAUGGUCCUCCGCCGUGGUCGGCCGUGUCGUCGCCACUCAUGAGCCCCCGUGGUGGAGCCGCCGCGUCGUCCUUCCUCGACGUCCUGCACUAGCAUUCCCCCGUCCACCGUGGAAAAUGCUGGCGUGCGUUUCGACUGAUGGCGCGGACGGAUGAAAACUUACACGCACAACUGCAUCUCGUUAACACGAUGGUCGGGAUUAUAACGAUGCGCAUCCACUGCCCCGAGGAAUGCUGUGUUAUGCACGCAAGUGAUGCCGA